AUGCAGUGCGUUUUAUACUGGUUCAUCCUGCCCAUGCUAGCCACCGCGGCACCCUACCUCAACUCCACGGGCAAACCGCCUGCCUUCUUCCUAGCCGGAGACUCAACAACAGCUAUCCAAUCGACCAACGGCGGCGGCUGGGGUAACGGGUUCCUGUCUUUCUUGAAUUACCCAGCGUGGGGCAUAAACAAGGGUCACAACGGCGCGACUACCGUUUCGUUCGUGAACGGCGGGGAUUGGGCCGAUGUGACAGAUCUCGUGAGCAGCAAUGCUGAGGAAUUCGACGUCUAUGUUACGAUCCAGUUUGGUCAUAAUGAUCAGAAAGCCGCAGCAAAUAUCACCAUGGCCCAGUUCCAGACCAAUCUAGAAAAUAUGGCUGAAGAAGUAAAGUCUCUGGGCGGGACUCCCAUUCUAGUCACUUCACUUACACGGAGAACAUUCAAUGCCGCAACGGGGACUGUAGUUGAUAGUCUUCAGGAUGUAGCCACGGCCACAAGAGCAGCCGCCAACACCACAGAUACCGCACUCCUGGAUCUCAAUGCUGCAUCCAUGGCCUACGUCAACGCCAUCGGCAACGCAUCAGCACAGGCGUACAACCUGAACCCAACAGACCAGACGCACUUGAACGCCUGGGGCAGCGUUGUUUUCGGCAGAAUGGUAGCCGAUCUGCUACUGGAGGAGAAACCCAUGCUAGAGGAGUGGAUUUUGCCUAACAAUACUUUGAGUUGGGAGAUUGCUAAUGGGGUGGCCGCGUAG